UCAUCCCAGGGAUCCCCCGAAAUGAUCACAGCUCUUAAAUACUCCUGAAUAUUCAUUAGAGACAGCUCACUGGGGGUGGAUACCCAGCCAAGUUUUAUUCUAUAAAAUCCACUGACAUUCUCUCCAUUGGACUAAGCUGCAUUGACCAAAAAAACAAAAACAAACAAAAAUCAAUAAAAAAAAAAUUGAUACAUUUUUUAAAAAAAAAAAAAAUCGCCGUUUGAAGUCAAAGGGGAGACAGAGAGACUGUUCCAUUCUGCCCCCAUGCUCUGCUGAGCCCGACUCCUCCAGCCAGAGACUCUGUGCCACCCUGCGACCCCCAGCGACCCCCAGUCAUGUUUCAGACCUUUGACUUGGUGUCGGCUCUGGCCACUCUCGCUGCCUGUCUGGUGUCGGUGGCUCUUCUCUUGGCGGUGUCUCAGCAGCUCUGGCAGCUCCGAUGGGCGGCGACCCGGGACAAGAGCUGCAAGUUGCCCAUCCCCAAGGGCUCAAUGGGCUUCCCCCUGGUCGGAGAGACUUUCCACUGGAUCCUGCAGGGCUCAGGUUUCCAGUCCUCCAGGAGAGAGAAAUACGGAAAUGUCUUUAAGACCCACUUGUUGGGUCGCCCUCUGAUCAGGGUGACGGGAGCAGAGAACGUCAGGAAGAUCCUCAUGGGUGAACAUCACUUGGUCAGCACCGAGUGGCCCCGAAGCACUAGGACGUUACUGGGGCCAAACAGCCUGGCCAACUCCAUCGGCGAUAUCCACAGGCACAAGCGUAAGGUGUUUUCAAAAAUCUUCAGCCAUGAAGCACUGGAGAGCUACCUUCCAAAAAUACAGCUAGUCAUCCAGGAUACCCUACGUGUCUGGAGCAGUAACCAAGAGUCCAUCAAUGUCUAUUGUGAGGCGCAGAAGUUGACCUUCCGUAUGGCCAUCCGAGUUCUCCUCGGCUUCAGGCUUUCUGAUGAGGAGCUGAGCCAACUCUUCCAAGUGUUUCAGAAGUUCGUGGAGAACGUCUUCUCGUUGCCAGUGGAUGUUCCUUUCAGUGGGUACCGGAGGGGCAUUCGAGCACGAGAGACACUAUUGAAGAGUCUGGAGAAGGCAAUCCAAGAGAAACUGGAGAACACUCAGGGCAAAGAUUAUGCCGAUGCCUUGGACAUCCUGAUUGAGAGUGGGAAGGAGCAUGGGAAGGAGCUUACUAUGCAAGAGCUAAAGGAUGGGACCUUGGAACUGAUAUUUGCAGCUUAUGCCACCACAGCUAGCGCCAGCACAUCUCUUAUCAUGCAAUUGCUCAAGCACCCAUCUGUGCUAGAGAAACUAAGGGAAGAACUGAGAGGCAACGGCAUUCUGCACAAUGGCUGUGUCUGUGAGGGUGCUUUGAGAGUGGAGACCAUUAGCAGCCUUCAUUACCUAGACUGCGUCAUUAAAGAGUUACUUCGCCUUUUCAGUCCUGUCUCUGGGGGUUACAGGACUGUGCUGCAGACAUUUGAGCUGGAUGGCUGCCAGAUCCCCAAAGGUUGGAGUGUUUUAUACAGCAUCAGGGACACUCAUGACACAGCUCCAGUAUUCAAGGACGUUGAUGUCUUUGAUCCAGAUCGUUUUGGUCAGGACCGCACAGAAGAUAAAGAUGGCAGAUUCCACUACCUCCCAUUCGGUGGCGGGGUAAGAAAUUGUUUGGGCAAACACUUGGCCAAGCUCUUCUUGAAGACCUUGGCAAUCGAGCUGGCCAGCAUGAGCAGGUUUGAGCUCGCCACCAGGACUUUUCCCAAAAUCAUGCCAGUUCCUGUGGUCCACCCAGCUGAGGAACUAAAAGUUCGAUUUUUUGGACUUGAUUCCAAUCAGAAUGAAAUAAUGACAGAGACAGAAGCAAUGCUGGGGGCAACUGUGUAGCAUUCAUCCCACCUGCUUUAUAAAAAAAAAAAUCCAUUCGGGUGAAGGCAAAAUGGGAAAUAAGCACACAGACAAAUAUGCUAAAAAAAAGUUAUAUCUACAAUACUAACUUAAAAUACUCAGCCACCAAACCAUGAAUUAUCUCUGUGGAACGCUAAACUCUAAGUAUAUUAACAUAUAUUCACCAAGUGAGAACCUGGAUCCAUGCCCCUUAAUUAGGAGUCUUGUUGCUGAUAAAGUGGAGAAGACCUGCUGAUAAAUGGACUUGAGAUUAAUCUUUUUUUCUAGCAGGUUGGUCACAAUGCCGUUUAAUGGGGGUAGUUGUUGUUGUUCCAGGUGGUUCCAGCAAUAUAAAAAGCCUUCUUCUAGGAGGGGUAUCACAGUGUUACAUACAUCAGGGAUAACAGAUUUUCUGUUGUUUCUACAUCUGCCUUAUUUUACUUUAUCUGACAGCUUUUGGAUUAAAUGUCUAUAUGCCUGUAUGACUGGUUGGUAUACUGUGCAUGCUGCUGAAACAGUGCUUGCAAACAAGCCUAGAUCCAAGCAAACCAAGCUUGCUCCAGAACCUUCUUUUGUUGUGAAUUUGAAAAUGUUUCCAAAAUAGUUGACUCUACUUAUUAUUCGGUGUUCUUAUAAGCAAAGGAGAUGUACCGUAGGAUCACAUCUAUAGUUCAUGCCUAGUCUAAUUAUACAGGCAACCAAACCAAAAGACAUUUUCCUGAUGCAGUUGAAAUAAUGUUGGUGCUCAAAAUCUAGAGAUGAUGUAGUUGUCCUGCAGAGUAGUCAAGCGGGUGAUGAUUAUUCCAUUGGCGCUAAAUUUUACAUUCUAAGAAUUCCUUGGCAGCCACUGAGCAGAAACAAUAUGGACAAUAACAGACAAUUUCACAACAUUUAUGUUGUUUGUCCUCACAUUGCCCAAGUACAUUUUCAUUUUUGCACAAAAUUCAAAGAAUGCAACAAUGUUCUUUAUUUUUUCAAUUCGGCUGAAUGACAAAUUCAAAGCUAAAAAUUUGUUAAGUACUUAAGUGAAAACAACCCAGAUUUGUAUGUUUAAAUUCUUGUGCUUCUAAAUAUUAUGUACUGCCCACAGUCACAAGGAGGAACAUCUGAUCUCAUCUACAUUUUCAACAAAAUAUUUUAUUUAACAACUCAAAUUUUGACCACAUAUUGAAAUGAAUCCAGACCACAUUGCCAUAUUCAAAUUCAAACAAACUCUCCCCCCGAAAAAACAUGGUGAAUCCCCAGUCUAAUGAGGAUAUAGUGCAUCCCUUCGAUGUGUUAUAUAUAGGCCAAAUUAAUAGGGAGGAACAUUGGAUUUCAUUUAAAGUAUUCAACAACAUUUUUUCAUCUGAAAUUUCAGCCAAAUAUUAAAAGGAAUCCAAACCAGAUUUUCAAAUUAAAUUCCAGGCAACCCCCGCAAAAACUGCUGAAUCCCCAGUCUAAUGAGGAUAUAGUGCAUCCCUUCUAUGUGUCAUAUAUAGGCCAAAUUACUAGGGGGGGACAUUGUAUUUUAAAGUUUUGAAAUUAUCUUUUUUAUCUAAAAUUUCAGCCAAAUAUUGAAAGGAAUCCAGACCAGAUUUUCUUACUGAAAUCUGAGAACCCUUCCCCAAAACUGCUGCCUUAAAAAUUCAUAGGGAGGAAUAUCUGAUUUUAUUCCACCACACCCUAUAAUCGUAUUAGUGCAGAAUUAUCAUUGUUGAAUUGUAAAACCUGAUUCACCAUAGAGGCUCAAAGUUUAAAGGGAUUAGUUGUAAUACUUUUAUCUUAUGCUUUUUUUUCUUCAAUUUUUACUAAAAGGAUUUAAACCCUUUUUUUUCAUAUAGACCUUUUUAUUUCUUGUGUUUUUUUCAGAGCCUUUUUUUUGUUAAUCUUCUAAUCUGUCAAACCAAUGUCCUUGACCCUAGAAUCUGGCAGUUUAAAUUGAAAAAAAUUAAAUUUUUAAAAAUGUAAAAAUUAAUUUUUGAACACAAAAUUAGUUUGAUUGAAUAUCAUAGUCAACAUCAUGCUAAAUCAUAUUUGAAAGGUGAACAUCUAAUUUAACUGAAUUAUUUGAGACCUUUUCUUCUCCAAAUUCCAAGAUAAGUUUCCCAUUGGAUGAAUAUCUGAUUUUUGGUUCUAAAUGGCUUCAUAUUGGAUUUCAGUGAUUCGUAGCAGGAAACCAUGCCAACAUACAGUAGGGAUCUCCUUUACUAAACACAAAUAAGCAGGAACAGCUUCAUAGUCUGUACAGGGAGAUCCCAUAAAACCAUGCCAACAUAUGUAGUCCCCUGUACAAAGCAUAGCAGAUAUCGUAUAAAAUAACAAAAUAUUACAUAAGAGGAGUAGUUCAUCUGAACACCAAUUACAGAGUAUUUACUCCUUUAUCCAAGAACGUACCUCUCAGGUGUGUUUUGUCAUAACUAGCUUGGAUUCCUUUCUUUGUGGAUAUUAUCUUACUAUAAAAUAGUACAAAAAAAAAUGUAAGCUAUAAGUAAAAAUUCCCCAUGAUGAAUGGGAAUAGAAAUUAUGCAGUCACUGGAGUGCAAACAUUAUGCUACCCUGUGUAUUAUUUAUAUACUAUUUAUUUACUCUGUAAUAGAUGGGGGGCCUUGGUUGACUUACACACAUGCUGAAAAACAUAUGUUUCUCUCUCCUCAAAGUACAUGUUAUUAGCAACACAAUGAGGGCACCUAGUAGGCCUGCUGCAUGCUGUAUAUAAAGGCCCAGUCUUUGGAAGCAAGAGUUACAAUGGGAGUAUGUCCAUUAGUUAGCAGAGGAAGCUCCCACCCAUCUUGAACCACCGAGGAGCAUCUCAUUGACAAUCUCAGAUACAACCAGUGAAGCGAUCAUGAAAGUUAUGAAUCCUCUGAAUACAUAUUGUAUGGACAAACGUGCAAACCCAUGCAUAUUAUACAAUAUUCCAGUUAAGUAAUAAUAAUAUCAAGGUUUUUCCAAGUCUUGCCAAAUCCAUUGUUAUAUCAAAUUCUAAAGUGGUUUACUCAAAAUCUACAUUUUGAGGGACAACCCAGUAGAAGCUCUCAAACAUCUGCCUAUGAGGGUCAUAAUGGAGGAAUGAGGCAAAAGGAUUCGAGAACUUUCCUUACAAAACAUUGAGAACUAUAGCAAAUGGUCGUAAGUCUACAUCAUGAGAAAUAAUUUGACAUUUGGACACCAGCGGAAUUACGGUGGGCGAGAUGGGUCAUUCCACUAUGAAUUAGUCAAACAGAUAUAAGAAACCUUCAUCUAAACUAACUAUGGCGUCUGAAGUCAAUAGAUAUCAAAGCAAGCAGGUCGUUUACUUUCAUGUUAAAAUCAAAAAAAAAAUAUUUACUUUAGCAGGGAACUUUUUUGAGUGCAAAAAAAAAAAAAGCUUCUUAAAGAUGUCCUACACAAUGCUUCAAAUGCCAUUCCUUACCAUAUAACUUGAUUAUAAAAAAAAAAAGAAGAUAUAUUAAAGCGUCCUGCAAUAGAUUUGCAGAAAAUGCACUUUGAAUGUCAGAAUUUCUUUUAGUGCAGUCCCAUAUCGGACUAAUUCACUAUAUUAUUUUAUAUACAACCGUCGCUGAAAUUAAUUUGUUAUUUUUUUUUUUGGGUCUGACUUUAUAAACUAUAUAUAGUAAGUGCUAUUUUUGUUAUAUUUCAAAUAGAUAUUUAGUAUAAAGUGUUUUUUUUUCCUUUGCUGUUAAAUAAUGUUAUUUAGUAAAAUAUGAAGUGUACUUUAUUUGUAAACAUGGUUCAAAUAUUAAUGUUUAUAUCGCUGUCAUUUUUAAUAUUAAGAGAAGCACUUGUGUUUUUUUUUCUUAUACAAUGGUGUCUCGUGGACGUCUUACUUUUUCAAUAAUGUGGUUUAUGAUGUAUGUAUGUAAUAUUAUGUGUCCUAUAUUAUAAUGAAUAUUGUGUAUUUUGUGAUCUUGAAAUACUCAAUAUGGCUAUUUUAUAGACUUCCAUAAUAAAAGGAAAAAAACAAAAA